AUGCCUCUCAACUCGAAGGCUGUCUAUUCCAGACAGAAUCCGAGCUUCCUCCCGUUUGCCAGCAGGAGAAGUGUCGUCCAUCAUAGUACGAACGGGAUAGUAACCUGCACUCAACCCCUGGCCGCCGCUGCGAGACAGAGAAUUCUGCGGGAGGGAGGAAAUGCUGCGAUCAAAGCGGAUUUGGACGUCUGCCCCGAUCAGACGGAAUCGAUUUCCAAGACAAGCGCAUUGGCCGUGACGACACCCGAUGCGGCGGCGGGAUGGGUUGACACGGUUGAGAGGUUCGGCAGUGGCAAGCUCUCUCUGAAGCAGAUCCUUGCUCCGGCCAUCGAGCUGGCGGAGGAAGGAUUUCAGGUCUCUGAGUUGUCGUCUUCCUUUGAACUACUCAAGGUAGACCCGUCAGUCAAGGAUGGCGUGAGAAGUCCCUCUGCCAGCGAAAUCAUGAAGAACCCAACCCUCGCCCAGAACUUCCGUGCACUAGCAGCUGACGGCAAGAAGGGGUUCUAUGAAGGCCACGUCGCAGAGAAACUCGUCAAGGUUGCACAGGACUGGGCGGCUAUUUAA